AUGAGAGCGGUGGGGACUCCAGAAGAAAAGGUGAAACAAAUACGUUUGGCCGUGGUGGGGGAUCCGUUGGUAGGAAAGAGCUCAUUGAUUAAGCAGUUUCUCCAUUCCAACAACGUCGAUGAAUUCAUCAAUAAGAAGUCUCUUCUCGAUGAAUCCACCAACAAAAAGAUCGUUCGAUUCGAGGGAAAGGACUACGAACUAACUGUAAGAUGGUCCCUCAAGACGAGAUUCUUAUUCGAGUAAUCCUCUUUUACGUUUCAAUAGCAAUUAUGAGAUUUGCUCGGGAUGUUUUAAGAUAUUGGAUACCGACCAUGACCCAGUCCGGAGAGGCGCUGCUUACAUCGGCACAGACAUUGUGCUGGUGGUGUACUCAGUUGAUGACUGGCAUUCCUUUGAUAAUGUGGACAAGAAAGUAAUGUUUUUAAAAGAGAACUAAAAAUCGGCCUGAUCCCAACGAUAAACAAAUUCUAUCUGGCUUAUGGAGAUGUUGGGCCAUUUGAUUAAUUAAAAUUAUUUUUAGUGGGUACCUGAGAUUAGAGAGCGCCUUCCUCUUAAGCCAUUUCUUCUCGUGGCCAACAAAGCCGACCUGAAAGAAGGCAUCGACCAAUCAGAACAGAGUCGGUUUGUCUCCGUCUUCGAUGGGAUGCAGAAGUGCUCCGAUGUGCACGGUGCGGCGUUCUUUGAGUGCUCGGCUCGGAAUGGGGUAACUUUUGAUGCUAUGAUUACCGUAUCCUCCACUGACACUACUUUGUACUUGUAGAGUAUACAAAGUAUUUGAAUAGACGGCUUAUCUAAAGCAAUUUACCUUCCGGGAUCUACUUGGAAUACCUGAUGAUUAAUGUCUACUGUACAUAUAUUUAUUUCUUCAGGAUAAUGUGAACCCUAUCUUCCAAGAAGUUUCGCUGGUUUAUGAACGAGAAUUUGCGCGACUUUUGGAAUGCACGGAAAUCCCAGUCCCUUAUUCCGUGUACGAUUUGGCCAUGGCUCCAGUUAGUGUUGUGCAGAGAGCAACCCCCGUUUUAAAAGUAAGUGUCUUUCUCUUAUAUGCACUCAGAUUUUGUUUCAGCAAUGUGUCUGGAAUAUCAAGGAGAAUCUUUUCAAUCCAGAAUCAUUUUCGGAUGCCAAGAAUACUGUAAGAUUUCAAUUAUUUACCCUACUUUUCCCAGAUUUACAAUUUUGUUCCAAGUUUCCCUACAUUCUUUGGAGGCUCAACCGAAAACGAAAUUCAGUCAUUGAAAGAUGAGAAAACGGCAAGAAAGCGACCAUCAGACCCUGAGGGCAUAACUGGAUCAAAACGAGUCAAAAAAGAUCUUCCUUCAGAUCCAACAAAGAAAUAA